GUGACUUGUAUAAUCGUGCAGCUGGUGUCGCAGCGAGGGUGGAAACGUCGCGCAACAAGACUGGAAGUGUCACGGCAGAGUGGCAGUGCAUCCGUGCCAGCAAACAGUGAAAGUGGUGGAGACGCACCACUGAACUGCUGUGAGAUUUAUUAUGAGCGCACGGUGCAGGCUGCGUCGAUUAGUAGUCCCAUUAGUGAAGACGAUGCCGUAUAUUCGGACGUUAACAAGGCAGAGAGAACGAUUUCAUUUGGAGGAUUUGGACUUCGCGAGAAGAACCACGAGAACGGAUACGAAGACAUCGUCGAGAAGGCCGUCCAAGCACUUCCACGUGGUGGUCCCGUGGCGACUUUAACAAAUAGUCGGCAUAGACGUACAAAAACAGAUGCCCGGCCAAGUCGUUCUUGGUAUGGUGGAUGCCUAGGGUAUCCUUCUUACAAGGAAGUUGAGGCUGCAGGACGUCGUCGGUAUCCAUCGAAAUCAUGUUACGAGGAUUUAUCUGGAAAGCAGUCACGUGCAGGUUCAGCAGAAUCUCGUGGAGAACGUCGUAAACUUUUGUCUUUGUCGUGUUAUGCCAAACUGGCUGACAAGCCUUCUAACGAUUUGCCAAGAGUUUUUGGAGCAGGACCUGCUACUUAUUUGUCAUCCCCUGAGGGGUUUACUGAUUUAGAGGCAAAUGGUAUUACGGAUGCUAGUGGUAGUAGAAUAGGUACCAUAGAGCGUGGGAUGCCUAGCCUCCAUUCGUUUGUUGUAAGACGUCCCAUGGACAUGGGCAGUGCUACUAGUUCAGUUACAUCUGUUCAUCCUCCUGCUAAAAAUGUCACCAGUCAGAAGAAAGCUGAUAAGAGCAACAAGCUUGCAGGAAUUAAGUUGCCACGAUUACACAAGGAGUCUAGUGCAGUUAAUUUAUCACCUGUGGAAAGAUCUCUACCGCGAAAGGGAGCCAAUGCUCCUCUCUUAAGACCAGAGAGCAGUGCAAGUUUAGAGGCUCCUGCUGGUGGAAGCUUGAUUAAUCUUAGUCCUGGGUCGCUUCGCAAAUGCGAAACUGCUGUUGGACUCAGUACUCUAGCUUUCGAAGGUCGACCUAUUAAUCGAAGUCGUGUAUGCUCUCGUUGCUCGAGUUUACUCUCGCUUGCAUCCAGCUCGAAAUACAGUUUAGCUGCAGGUAGCUUUGUUCCAGCUGCAUCUCAACAAACUGUUGGACGGUUUCUCUGUAAGCUCUGUCUUGUCGAUGUAUCACUAGCCAAUGCAUCAAGAAUCGAAGCCUGCGGUUGUUCCUACUGUAAAGAUUGCAUGCAGGCGUACGUGGAAUUUGAGAUCGAGGAAGGGGCCUAUGAAAUCAGCUGUCCGGAUGCGCAGUGCGAACAAACGGGUGUGCUCGGCUUGGCGGAGAUUUCAACUAUAGUCACGCCGGAACUUAUGGAGAAGCAUCGAAAAUUUCGCUUGAACAGAGAUAUUUCCAUGGACAAGGGACGUGCUUGGUGUCCACGCGCAGGCUGCGAGACUAUCUGUUCCGUGAACAGUGAAGGAUCUGGUGGACUUUCUCCAGGACCCGUGCAUUGUCCUGGUUGUUCAACGGAUUUUUGUUCACUGUGCCGGGAAUCUUGGCACAGUGGACCCUGCCCCGAUCUUCCUCCUGGUAUACCAUUUGACAGUGACCAUAUCAAGUGCUGUCCCAUGUGUUCCGUUCCUAUUGAGAAGGACGAGGGAUGCGCACAAAUGAUGUGCAAACGUUGCAAGCAUGUAUUUUGCUGGUACUGCUUGGCUUCCUUAGACGACGACUUCUUGCUGCGUCAUUACGAUAAGGGACCAUGUAAAAACAAGUUGGGUCAUUCACGUGCCUCUGUUAUUUGGCAUCGAACACAAGUCAUCGGGAUCUUUGCCGGUUUCGGUCUUCUUCUACUAGUGGCAUCGCCAUUGCUAUUGCUCGCUGCUCCUUGUAUAGUAUGCUGUAAGUGUCGAGUGUGCGGUUCCUCACGACUCGAGCAAGAAGAAGGUAGCCCACCCGAAGACGCCACGACAUAGAGACUGAUGGAGUCACGAAAUAUUUCAUAACUCUGACUAAACUUUUCUUUUCAUUUUUUAUUAUAUAUUCAAUUCUGUUUCCAGUCGCUUUUCUCAUAUUGGCGAACACGUAUAACUCGUGAGCAGAAGUUAUCCUUGGAUAUUUUGCGAUAAAACACGAGUAAAUACAGAAUGAAAAUGAUGGGUUUGCCUAAUAUAACUUGACGACUUAUCUUUUUUUCUCUUAUUUUUACUAUUCUAGUGUAAAUAACGCCAAAAGGCAUACAGACAACGUUCGACAGAAACGUUGUCAAGUCUAUCUUGGUCUAUCUCAUUAUUUACAUCGAUACUCAUUGGUUGUACAGAUUAUUAUUUUCUUAUAGACUUAUUUUUAAGAGGGAAGGUAGUGAUCUAUUUUUAUUUUCUCUAUCUCUGUCGGUUUCACCUUCUUCAUAUUUUCUCUUCUUGGUUCCUCUUUGCUCUUCUUUGAUAUAAAUACUAAUUUUAUUCACGAGAAGUGUGGAUAACAUAUCAUAUUGGUUGCAGGCUUAUUAUGGACAUAGAUUAAGAAAUUUUACUUUCAUAUUUUUAAUCGUAGCGAAGGUGUUACGAAUUUAAUAUAUGCGGGCAUGACGUUUGUCAUUUGAUUUCGACGACGAAAACCGUGGCGCUAGCGGAACAAAAACUGAACAUUCCAAAAAGAAUUUCGUUUUCUCAACUCAUUUGCUUCCGUUUAUGUAUGUACAAAAAUGCUCGUGUUGUUGGAUCUUGCGUUCAUCAUUUUUUUAAACGAAUUUGUCCCACGUUUGACAAUUCAUAAGUAAAUGAUAAACCGUGAAUAAAACACAGACUUGAUGUUAAUAAUUUUAUUUUCCGUUCGCUUUCUUUUUUUUUCAUUUAAUUUUACAACAAAGCUAAAACUGUGUCUUAACAUUUUUCUCUUGUAUAAUCCCUUUCGCCGUGAGGACCUAGUCAUUAUCAUUGCUGAUAAUCAAAUUUCCGUAAAUAUCGUAUUGGAUUAUACUUAUACCGUGUAGAAAAAUUGUUGCUUUAAGGGUUGGAAGAGAAAUAAAAUGAAAGGAAGUAACCGCGAGUUAUUUUAAUAACGUGACAUUCCGGACGAUAGUAGGGCUUUAUUUUUCAUUGCAGUAAUAUCGGUUGUGUACUCAUUAUUUUGUGAAACAACCAAUUAACACCAAAGAGAUACUUGAAUAAGACAGGAAUAUAUCGAUUUAUAAGUUCGCUCAAAUGUGUUACUUAUUGUGGUUCGCGCCAAAAAAUAUCGACACGAAUUGCUACACUUGAGAAAUAACUGAAAAUAUUCAUUUUAACUGAACAACCCCCUGUCUGGAAUUUUAAUACUUAAUCCAAUGCGCUGACUGUAGACGUUGCUACGUGCAAUUUAAAUACAUUCAGUAAAUACAACAAUAUUAUGUAUGCAUAUAACAACGUUCUAACAACAAAAUACGUUAACUACCAGAUUCUUUGAGUUUACUAGUCUUUGCUAAAUUUUUAAAAAUACAAGAAACAUUUGUUUAUCGGUAAAGAGGAAUUAAAGGGCAAAGUGAAUCACGAAAGUGUCGCUUACACAAGUCAAGAAUCAUGUAACACUAGUUAGCUUUCUUUUUUAAUAUAAAGAUAGAGAAGUUAUGAAUGAAAGUUUUUAGUCUUAAAAUUAACCCUAACCCAUUUCAUGCGUUGUACCUAAUUUUCAAACAUGGAUAUUGAUAUAAUUAAUGUCUUUUCACUAAAUGAUUACAUCUACGGUAUCUGAUACAUCUUAAUUGUUUGUUACGUGCACAGUCUAUCUGUUUUUCACCAUAAAUUCUUGUGAAAGAAGCAAAUAAAUAUUUCAUACUUUGUCUAAUGAUGUAUCCGUUAGUCUAUAAAGGACAAAGAAAAGUAUCUUUUUAGAAAACACUAAAUACACAAUAGAAUCAGUGCGCAGGUUAACCACAGGAAAGCUUGAAAAAUGCAAAAUACAAUUAGUAUGCUUACGAACAUGAUUGUCUAUGAUUGUUGUAAAGUACACAUAUUUUUGUUGAGACAUUAUCAAUUCGUGUCUUGAUUGUUAAAUAUGAACACAAGACCGUGAAUAUUAUUUUAUUAAUUACUUUUUUUAGUUAAAAUAUAACAAUACACAUGUAGCAAAACUAAAAUAACUGCAUCUUCGCGUUCAGUGUUUCAACAUAGUUUUCGUUUCACAUUCAUAAUAUAUAUAGAGCAUACGAUGCCUAAAGAACAAAAAUAUUGUUUUUACAAUAAAAUAGUCAACAAGUAAAUUGCAUUAGACUUGUUUUGCGCGUGAGGUAAUACUAAUGAUUGGCAAAAUAAGCUUCUAAAGAGAAACAGGAUUCGUAACGCGUACAGCAAUUAACAAGAAUAAUGAAAAUAAAAGAAUAUUUCAAAAAUUUGAUGAAACCGACAGAUCGGUCGUCGUUAAUAAAUAAAAUAUACAAAGAGCCUAUAUGAUUAUUAAUUCUAUAAAAAAAUAACAGUUAUAUAACAAUAGUCUUCUGUUUUCCUUGAUUUAAUACCAAACGAACUUAUGUCAUCGUUCACUGCCCUGUUAGAAAGAAUCACAGUACACCUGCGUCCAUUAACAUUUAUGAAAUCUGUCAAAUAAUAAAAGUUAGCAUAAGAAAUUUUAAUUAAAACAAAUAAUAGAGAUCUUCCAAUUGCACGUAAUACAAUUUAAACGGCGCUACGAAUGUUUCAAGGCUUUUAUGCUGUUCGGCUAUCUACAGUUGAAUACUAAAAUCGAACUAUAUAAUUGUUUAAUAAUUAGAGAUAUAUGUGACGAUAGAUUUAAAUUGUAGUUAUAUUGUUAAAGUAACCCAGUUGUAUUUCCGGGGAUUGUAUUAUUGGUGAUUUGGCAUUAUUAUUAAAUAUCCAAAGGGAAUAGGCGUACGGUAUAUUCUUUCCAUUUAUAAUUUGUUUUUCAACAUUGUAUAUAUAUGAUAUAUAUAUAUAUACACACACAUAUAUUGACUGUCUAAAUUUAAAGUGCAACCAUUAUGUGUAAAUAUAGCUUAACGUGACUCAUAUAAUUGUAAACAUUUUGUACAUAAAGAUAUAUUAGACAUUAUAAUUUUCCCAUGGUUUUGGGUCAAUGAGUCAUGCUUUAAUUAUUUCCAUAUCGUAUGAUACAGUUAAGGUGAGAGAGAUUAUAGAAACAUAAUGAUAAUAAGAGAGAUUCGAUAAUAUAUAAUUAAUGAUGUCUGUACAGAAUAACUCUGAGUUUCUUGAUGAUUCUAAGGCUCUUUUGUGUGGACGACGGAGAGAGAUAUUUUUUAUCGAGUAUGUAUAUGUGAGAUUGAAAUAUAAGAAUAUUAAAGAUAUCGUGAAGUUUAUACAUAAAUUGUAUUCUCAACCGAGAGCAAUGAAGAUUGUUAGAAAAAUAUAAAUGAGUGUGCCGUCUGAAUCUUGGGAGUGGUGAGAGUCUAAGAGUAUCUAAUGUAUGCAUAUGUAGCAUGGACGCAAGCAUUUUGUGAUUGUCUGUUGUGCGUUAAUGAAGAAUUAAAUUUUGGAAGCGUCGAAAGCUUCGUUAAAUGUAUUUUUUUAAAUAUAUUUAAUGGUUCGAACAGUCUGUAAUAGUGUUAACAAGAAACGUGAUAGAUUUUUCUCGCUUUCUGUAUACUUACUCGAUAAAUAUGAUUCUGGACGCUUUGCGAAUUAUUGGAAUGUAACAAAAAUUUGCAGCGACACGUUGUAUGCAAGUGUGCAAUUUUUAAAGAGCGUAGAGAUUGCCGCGCAUGCGCAAUGGCGUCCGUCUCCUGUGCGCACGCCAUCUUGUGCCAAGUAUAGUACUAAUUAAACUUGACGAUCAUGAUUAAUUUUUUUCUGACAACCGAAUUGGAAUCUCUAGUUUACUCAAAAAAUAAUUUUUGUUAAAUAAUCAACUCGUUUUCCGAAUAUUUCCUGAAAUUCUGCGAUUGGGUUUCAUUGUAUUUUCUUUUCUUUCGCUUUAUUUUCAUUUUGUUUUCUUUAUUUUGGUGUCGUGGCGAUCGUACUUUCUUGCGUACGGUACACCUAUGCGUUUAUCCGCUUUGUCGUUCGGGAAUAGAAUCAAAGGCUUUUAAAUGGUAUUAGCGUAAGUCACCGUGGAUUUUAUAGAUGAUAGAGUAAUCAAAUGUUUUAUCACAAUAAAUAAUGUCUGCGCUAUAAAAUGAAUUGCAACAAGAAA